AUGAGUACGGUAGGAGAGCUGAUGUAUUUCCUUGGAUUUCAAGUUAAGAAACUACCUGAUGGGAUAUUCAUAUCUCAAGGUAAGUAUGCCAGAAACAUGCUUAAAAAUUUUGGCCACGAAAAGGCUAACCCCAAACAUACUCCAGCUCCUGCUCAUGUCAAACUUGCUAAAGACUCUAAUGUUGCAAAUUUUGAUGAGAGCUUGUACAGAAACAUGAUAGGGAGUCUUCAUUAUCUAACUGCUAGUCGACCAAACAUGGCCUAUGCUAUAGAGGUCUAUGCAAGAUAUCAAGCUAACCCAAAGACAAGUCGUCUGACUAGUGUUAAACGGAUUCUCAAAUACAUCACUGGUACCGUGAACUAUGAACUUCAUUAUUCCUUUGAUACUAGUGGAGCUUUUGUGGGGUCUUGUGAUGCCGACUCAGACUAUAAUUCUGGAGAUAGAAAAAGUACUUCAUGA